AUGCCGUUGAAGCUUCGUGCUUGGGGUCGGGUGCCUGUUCCUGAUGCUAACGAUUCGGCGUCGCCAGAGAGGGACAGCGGCUCUUCCGAUGAUGAGGGUCCCGCCCAGGGUGCAUCAUUCACCCCCGUUAACAGGAAUCUAUGGAAGCGGAAGCGUACCCAGCAGGAAACAGAUGAUACCGAUGAGGGUCCUGACGACUUGCCUCCUGCAUAUGAGACCCCCGAUGCAACUUACUCUCCAACUAAGCACGAAACUGAUGAAGAGUCUGAGAACGGCGAUGAUGUCUCUAACGAAGACGGUGACGAUGAGGACAAGGGGGUUACGCCCGAUGAAUACAUUUCGGACUUCAGGAAGGCCUGGAUAAAGUUGUCUCCUGAGGAUAAGGCCUUAUAUGAUCAGGACGAAUUAGAUUUCCUUGUUCUUCUCAGUAUGGACCCAGAUCACAUCUACACCAGCGACAAGAUCCAAACUUCUCUCGACUCUCCUGUCACCGAGCGCGGACUCCGACUUGUCAUUGCCUGUCGUUCAGGGCAGUUUAAGACUGGCAUGAAGGUCUCCCCCCAUAUAAAGUAUAACGCCCUUCUGGACCAUAAUGAAGAGGGAUACGAGCCUUUCUCUGCCCCAGAGUUCUCUACUGUGACCGACAAGGAGAGAAGUGCCGCUCUUGGUCAUUUCGUGAAGAAUGAGGCUGCUCCGGUCAAUCUUCUUUCAGAGUUGGUGAAGGAUGUCACUGCAGCUACCAUUAGUCCUAGUGCGGUUGAUGUUGCCACGCCAGUCCCUGUACAUGUACAGGAGCCUACACUGCCAGAGCUCAUUUCUCCCCUAGACCCUCGGCUUCUGUCUACUCAAACCGAGAAUGAGGGCGCUGCCAUGGGACCUUGA